UAAUGUGUUCAAAUGUAAUUAAGUGCAAUUCAUCCUCAUAUCUCUGUUACUAGCUUGAAUAUUUGUAAAUAACGGAGACGCUGUUGUUUUGAAUAAAAGUGUCCUAACAUGGAACACAUGUAAGCGCGUUAUGAAACGCGGAACAUUUCAGUGACGGACCGGUGUUUCAGGCUGAAUUGUCCGUUGGUUCCGACCAUGUUCGUUUUAUUUUAAUGUGAUUUACUUAUAUUACGCUUGAGAUGUGUUUUACGUCUGCGUGACAGAACGUGUAUUGUAUUUUUAAAUACAAAAGGUAAAGCAUUUAACUGAACCUCGACAUAACUAACUGGAUAUAAAUAGGACGCGCUUUUGACCGUGAGCCUGCAACGUAUAGUACAACACGACUGUUACAGAGGUACAACAGUUAUACAUUUGGAUUAAUACAAAACCCUACAUAUUGAAAUUAUGACGUUGCACGUAUUGCAUAAUUAAUUUACAUCAACUGAAUAGUCCGAUAAGUAUAGGCUGUUAAAUUAUUUCUACCACUUUUUAAUUCGAUUGAAAUACUGCAGAUUUACUAUGUUCUGCCUAUCUGUGUACAUUUGUUCUUUAUAACAAUCAUAUAUUAUAAUCAACGCAAAGAUGGACGAUAAUACACCAGAAGAGGGCUUUUCUGAAUUCAAGAAUGGGCAGCUUGGACUCUGGGGUGUUGCACAGAUAGCUGCUGGCACAGGCCUUGCUGUAUAUGCCAUGUGGGUUGGGAUCCUUCAGCCUGGAUUCCGAAAAGUCCCUUUGAAGUUACAGGUCCCAUACAUUCCUGCAAGCAAACUUCAAGUAGAAAAUGUGAUGGCGUUAUUAAAAGGCCGUAAAGGAGGCUUUGUAGAUUUAGGCUCCGGUGAUGGUCGCAUUGUUUUGGAAGCCCAUCGGCGAGGUUUUGCUCCAGCUGUAGGCUACGAGCUCAACCCUUGGCUUAUACGCCUUUCCCGUUUUCAUGCAUGGAAAUUAGGUCAUCAUGAAAAAGUUUCAUAUCGACGAGAAGACCUCUGGAAGGUCGACCUGACAAAAUGCAAGAAUGUCACAGUGUUUUUGGCUCCUAGUGUGCUGUCGUUAUUGCAAGAAAAGUUGCAGGCUGAGCUUCCUGAUGAUGCCUUAGUGGUAGCUGGACGUUUUCCUUUCCCUGACUGGAAACCCUGCAGGAUUGAGGGUCAGGGUGUGGACCGAGCCUGGGCGUACAGCAUGCAAGCACAAAGACAAAAAAACUUUGCAAAACAAAGCGUGGCAAAAUGAUGAUUUUCAGCAAGUGCAACAACACUGGAUUUCGACAAUCAAGUUUCCUGAGAGAAUUAGCAAAUGCCCUGGGAUAAUUCUGAAGACCUGAGAAAAUACCAACCAAUAACUUUUUCUACCUCUUCUACCACCGUUAAGAACAAGUUAAAAUCAUUUUUAGUUUUGUGUUUGGUGGUCAAAUAAGCUUUGUACCUUAGAUGUGCUUUUUCAAGUUCUGUGUGUGGCAGAUUUUUGCGUUCAAACUAUCAAACAGCAUUUGAUGAUGGAAUGACAAAGUUACAUCUAAGUAUUUAUACUUAUGUUUCAUUAAUACAAUUGCAAAAAACAUGUAAACAACUCUUUUAAAUAUUCACAUGUAUUUUAAAUUUUCUGAUAAUUAUUUUAAAAGUGUUGAGUGCAUUCAAAUGUAUUUGGUUUUUGCAAAAAAUCUUCUCCCAUGACACAUUAUUUAUAUUUCAGCUAUAAUGAGAAAUUUGCAUUGUCUUAUCUACUAAUAAUCAUGCUUGUGUUUUUAAUAAAAUUAAUCACCUGCU